GGAAAAUACUGAAGUUAUAUUUAUACUUACCAAUAACAAGUGCCACUGUUCUUACCAUGGCUCCCUUUAUAACUAUUGGAGUUGUUCAAAAAGAUGACGGUUGAAAUUUGUAUUUAACAACAAAAAAAACAUGCUGUUUCAUAAAAAGGCAAGUGUUGGAUUUUGUUUUGUCAACAUUUUGGAAAGUUUCUUAUAUCUGUCCAUUCAUGAGUGCAUUAGAAAGAGGAGUCCAGCAAGGGUGGAGCAGGCCUCAGACUUUGGUUCCUCCCUUCUCCAUCUACCAAUCCCACCUCCCCCCAAAAAACUCACAGCUUUAACAGAGGAAACGGAAAAGACGAAACAUACUGGCUACAAGAAGGGUUUUCAUUUCAAAACCCCGGGGCUGUGGAAAGAACAGAGAUCUCAUUUUACAGAACCAAACGUCACCACUCCGAGGAAUCUAGUGUAGAAACCCAAGUCCGGUUCUUCAACUCCGGUAUUUUAACUUUUUGUUCAUCUUUUCGCCAGCUGGUUGCAGCUGGCAGAGAGCACCCGCCCUGUCCGGGUAAAUAAUCAAAAUAAACAGGGUCACAAGAGUGACAAGAGUGUCCGGAGGAGAGAGAUGCCAGCCCAAGCUUCCCAGCCACAGGUGAGGACGAACAUCCUCAAGUUCCUGCGGAGUUUCUUGGGGAUCGCCCGGAUCUUGCAGAUUGUGUUCGGCGCCGGACUGUGGAUCACCAUCGCCGCCAACAAGUACGAGGGCUCCGUCCACUUCGUCCUCUUUGUGGCCGUGCUCUUCUGGCUCCUCACCCUCGCGCUGUUCUUCGUCACCCUGCUGGACAAGCAGGACCUGGUGCCGCUGCUGGGAGGGGACCGCUGGUUGUACACCAACCUGGCGCACGACGUGGCCGCCGCCGUGCUCUACCUCCCGGCCAUCGGUGUCUUAAUCUACAAGACGGACUACCACUCGUUCUGUAACCUGGAGCUGUACCAGCACUUCUGUCCGUACAAGGUCUACUUGACAGCCGCUGUGUUCGCCUGCCUCUGCUGCGUGGCUUACCUCCUGUCCAUCAUUUAUGGAGCCUGCAGAAAAUGUCGGGGCGAGCAAACGGUCAUCUGAUCGGACUCUGGAGGUGAGAGGAUGAGUACGAGGAGGGUGAGGGUGGGGGUGAGGAUGAUGAUGGCCUCCAUGGAGCGUUCACUACAAGAUGAUGAAUAGUAAACUUCACUGUAACAGAACUCCACAGAUCACUUCUUUUCUUCUUAAACCAAAGCCCGAUGUUGAGGCUGAAUCAGAAAAUCACUCCAUGACCAGUUACUCUGUAAAGGUACACUGUGUCAUCUGUUGAUAAAACAGUAUUUUUGCCUUAUAUUUGUAUUCGCAAAUAUGGAACAUGAAAUAUUUUGUCAAGAUUUCCAUAUAUAAAAUGUAAUUACCCCCAAAUUAAUCCAUUCUUACCUACAUCAGGAGUGGCUCGUGCCUACAGAGCCUGUAAAUACUACACAGUGUACAUUUAAAGGAUACUAAAGUGACACCAGCACAGUUUGGUUCUGCCUGAUUUUCCCAAAACUGGAGGAACAUUUUAAAGGAGCUCAGUUUUAGUCUCCAGUUUGAACGAUGUCUCUAAAACACCCAUGGAGGUUUUUUAGAAUUUUUUAUUUCAUUAUGUUUUAGAACUUGUUUGUCUUACCCUCAUAUGUAUCAAGCAAAUACAUGUCCUGAAGCCUGAAGAUGACUACAAUCUUCAGAGCUGUAUCCUUAGGUCCACCAACAUCUGGGUCAUGCAUCAUCAUUCGAUGGUACGGCUAUGUUAAUAAUACUUUUUUUGAAAUAUUCAUAUUUCUUUAAUUAAUAAAUACACAUAUUCAGAAGCUCUCCCUUAAACCUAGUCUGUUUUGAAUUACACAUUAUUGAAAAGUUGCCCCAGAGACUGUGACAAUUUUGACUCAUUUUUUUGUUCCUUAUUUUGGUUCCUUUGCAGCUCAGGCCGUUUUGGCUGCAGCAGAUACAGUAUUUCCAUCCAUAUGAAUAUUACUUCAAAAUAGACACACGUGUCUUUUUAAAAUAAUGAAUGAUUGGAUAAGUGUUCUCUCUCUGUAUUCAUUCAGCUGUUUGGCAGAAGCAUCAUCUUCACAUGUAUUUUCACUAUGCUGAAAUCUUGCCUACUGUACCUUUAAUGGCAUUUUCCUCAAAGAGAAUCAAUAUUCAGACUAAAUUCGUGUUUGGUUCUAAUACAGCAGUGAAACAUAUUCUAUCUAAAAUAAUUUCCUGACAGGAGUCUUUUUUUACUAAGGUUGUUUUUUUUGAAGUUUUUUUUUUUUUUACUGUGGAUGUUUUUUUAUGAAAUCUUUACUUUACAUUUGAACAAUUCUAUUUUUUUUAUUGUCUCAUUCAAUUCAAUACUGCAUCUGUAUAAAUUUAUUCAUGGCUUAAAAAAAUGCUCAGAAAGUUUGCAGAGAAAAAUAUAUAACAUGAAAGGUGCUAAAAGGAAAUCAGUGUGUGCUAAAAAAAAAAACUAUAUUUCAGUGUUUAUUAUGUAAAACCAAAGAGAAAAAUUAAGAAAGAAUAAAGUACAGGAAGUGGA